AUUCCUUAAAACAACGACAAAAAAAAGUAAUGUACCCUUGUCUGAUAUUUUUUGUCUAGAAUUUCCUGUCUAUGAAAAUCAGCAUGUAGUAACUUCCCCUUCCCCGGAAUAACGUGGGUGUGAUCUGUAGAAUUAAAACCGAAAACAGGCUGCUGGACGCAAACAAUCACUGACAAACGAUUUCACUUUUGUCUACCUUUCGUCCAGGAAGGCUUGGAUGUGCUUGUCGGUAAAGCUAAAAUAUUUGGCAUCAUUUGCAAAAAACAUUUAUUGGUGAAUCUUACUGCGAGAAGAUUAAGUCUUAGUAUCUGUCCAUAGACCGUUACUAUUGCGAUACUGGUUGUCUCAUCACUAACCGCGCGUAAUGGUUAUUACCAAAGAACCUCUCUGUCACCCUGAACAACGAGCCGAUUAUUGUUUCCGUCAGUCAAAAUGUCGGAUCAGCCAGUAACUUUACCCGUCUGUAGGCGACUCACGUACGCCGUGGGACACUUCUUCAACGAUCUCUGCGCGUCCAUGUGGUUUACCUAUUUACUGGUGUACUACCACUCGGUUCUCGGUUUCCAGGACACUAACGCAGGCGCGCUGCUGCUGGUAGGGCAGAUCGCGGAUGGGAUCUGCACGCCUCUCAUCGGCUAUGAAUCCGACCGGACUUCGGGAUGUGGGACAUAUGGGAAAAGGAAAACCUGGCAUUUAGUGGGAACAUUGAGUGUGUUCGCCUCCUUCCCCUUCAUAUUUAACCCUUGUAUCGGAUGUGAUGAGGGCACCCCACAGACGGCAGGGCUCAUUUAUUUCAUCCCAUUUAUCAUCAUUUUCCAGUUUGGCUGGGCUGCUACACAGAUAUCCCAUCUGUCACUCAUUCCAGAGCUGGUCACAUGUGAGCAUGCCAAAGUGGAACUCACAUCAUACAGGUAUGCCUUUACAGUGGUGGCUAAUAUCACUGUAUAUGCUGUGGCAUGGCUCUUGUUUCACUUUCAGUCACAAAAGAUGGAUGAUCCAUCUAUCUCUCAGAAUCUGGGCUGGGCUGAUGUUCCCACCUUCAGAUAUCUAGCCCUGAUUGUGUGGGGUAUCGGUAUGGUUUUCUCCAUAAUUUUUCACCUGGGAACAAAAGAGAUUGUCCAGCCUCAGGAGAGUGAAGCAGAUGCAGGGGAGUAUCAGCCUCUAAUUCCUCGCUCUUCCCGGAACUCUGGACUUGUGCUCCAGUGGAAACACUGGCUUAUGGAGCCUGCCUUCUAUCAGGUUGCCGUACUAUAUAUGUGUACUAGACUGAUUGUAAAUUUGUCCCAAGCUUACAUCCCCAUGUAUUUGACAAACACCUUAUCACUGCCAAAGAACUACAUUGCAACUAUUCCCCUGGUCAUGUAUGUCUGUGGGUUUGUGUCUUCUCUGGUUAUGAAGCCUGUCAGUAAACGGAUCGGCACCUCUAUGACCUAUUUCGUUGGCCUUUUGCCGAUCAUGGCGUUUUCCUAUUGGGUGUUGCUGGAAAUGAACAUGGGCACACGGGUUUACGGAGCUGCUGUGCUGCUGGGAGCUGGAUCUGCUGUCAUUCUUGUCAUGUCACUGUCCAUGACCGCCAAUCUCAUCGGAGAUCAAACACAAAGUGGUGCCUUUGUUUACGGUGCAAUGAGCUUCACGGAUAAGGUGGCUAAUGGACUUGGAGUGAUGAUGAUACAGGCCUUCCAUCCCUGUCAUACACAGGAAUCCGAUUGCAUAUGGUUCUACCACAAUGUCAUGGUGAUUGUUACGGGGGGAGUAGCUGCUGUUGCAGCCAUCUGUCUCUGUACCAUUUUCAUUUGGCCAAUCACAAUUCGCCGACAUGCUGAUCUCUGCUCUAGGUUAAAAGGGGGGAGUGGUUUUCCUUGGGAAACCUGAUCUGUGCACAGGUGAAAGGGAAAUUCUGUUGCCAUGUGUUUUGGUUCACCUCACAUUUACUCUCUUGUUAAACAUAAUGUAAAUUUUUACCAUUAAUUAUACAGGAAAAUCAAAUUACAACAUUGUAUUGUAAAAACUACUGUACUGUCUUUUAAAAUAUAUAUAAAAAAUGUUACUGUAUAUUUUACAGUUAAUAUUCGUUAAUCAAUUACAGUCUUUUACCGUUAAAAUUGCAGAAAUUUUUUACAGUGUACAAUAUAAUUCUUUAUAAUGUAUUUUUGAAAUUUAAAGUAAAAUAUAAAAUCUAAUAUUUUUUGCAAAUCAAAUAACAGAAUCCCAGUCAAAGAGAUUAAUCUGAAUGGUAAACUUAUUCUAUGAAUUAUAUAAUGUGCAUAUCUUACCCCAUGGGUCUAACUUUACCAUGUCACUUCAAAAUAAAAACAAUAUUUUUUAUUUCAAAAAUCUAAAAACUGUGUCGAUGGAUCCCCCAUUUACAAAUAGACAUAAAAACAUUGUAUCCAACUAAUAUCCAACAUAGAAUGUCACAGAUCACUAUUUUCCAGUGUCAAAAAAAUUUGAUCAUUUAACCUCAAAACUGUUUUGAUGGAAUAAAUCUCACAAAUGUUGAUAUUCAGAUGAAAUAUCAAGAUUAAGAGGAGCAGACAUUCAAUAAAGGUGUCGAGAUGAAAUUUAGUGCCAUCUAUGAUCAAGACAAAAAGUUAAGGUGGGUGGUCAUAUUAUCCCGGGGGGCAUUUUCCCCCAUCUUCAUAUACCAUGGCAUUUUCCUAAUGGACCAAGGUACUUCAAAGAACACCAUGGUAAAACCAAGGUAUUACCAUGUCCAAAAAAAUCACUGUAUUGGAAUAUGCAUGAUGCAGCACUGCUUAAAAAAUGCUUUCAUCUAAGCUUUUCAUCUGCUCAUAUGUUUAUUCAUAUUAUCCCCUUUGUGUGGGAUCCUCAUAGCUCAGUAUUUUGUGUUCACAGCUAAAGCUUUGAGCAAGCAGAAAAACCAUUUUUGCUGCUUUUCUUCUAAAUUAUAAAUCCAUUUUUUCCUCCAGGUCUGGCUGUCAUCACAGGGCUGAUGGGUACACAAGACGAUGAAACAAACAGCUUUAGGGUCAAUGGAAGACUUAACUUAUGGACUCAGCAAUGAAAACUUGCACUUGAAAACACACAGCACUCAGUGGCAGAUCAUGAUGUGCUGCAUAGAGAACUAUGUGUUCCCUUUUUGUAACUUACCAGGAAUAAGGAAGAUGAUAAAAUGUGCUGUGGUCACGAGUGCCCAUCUCAGCACUUUGGAUAUGCAAGUUUUUGCAUUGUUCUUUCGUUCUCAAGAGAGUCUUUGUGUAUUGUAUUUUAUAUAUGAGCUCAGGUCUGUCACAUGGAGCGACGACUCAAGGCAACAAUUAUAUGACAUACAAGAGACAUUAAAUGAGGUAGUGAAUUCUGCUCUGUUCAAAUUUUCCAAAAUAUUUCUAAAGAUUCCACUGGAGAUCGAAAACGCAUUCAUUGUGUAGGAAAACUUUACAAAAUGUAAAGGUGAACUGUGUCAUUUCUGCUCCACUAGUUUCACCCAACACUUGCAAAAUACACAAGCCAUUUGUUGAGCCAAUGUUACUAUGUCAGGCUGGUUAAACAAAGUUAGCAAUUUCUUUUUAAUAGUGCAAGAGAGCCAGUGUUUAGACUCUUCUAGGCAAUCAACCUUUGAAUGGCUGAUUUAUAGUCUCUGCACAUACAAAAAAAAACAAAAAAACUAAUCACCUCAAGGUACCAUUUGAAUCGGAUGCAGUUAUUGAAAAUUCUUGAAAGUUCUAAAACUUUAUUUGCUUCAGAGAGAUUCAUACAGUUUAAUAAAAUAAAAAGUCCUUCAUUAGGCGCAUAUAUCCAGAUUACAGUGAAUACAUUGAAUUUACUACAGGGACAAUCCACCUGGUGUAACCUGUGAUUGAGUGACUUGCUCUGGGGUGUCUUUAUCCCAUGUACACUUCUGUGAUAUAUCUCCAUCCCAUGUACACAGUGCAUUAGUACAUUUAAUUAUUUACAAUAUAAUGGUUGUGUGUGCAGUAAAACUUGUUUGGGCAGUUAUGCCUGUACUGUGUGAUACUUUUAAUGGAUUCAUCAAACUUUUCCUGUUUCCUUUUCCUAUAGCACAGGUUUAGAUUUCUGUUACGACAUUCUGUAUUCUGCUGUCCAUGGACCAGGAGGAAAAUGUUCUUCACUGAUUCAUUAGCUAAUGUGUACACUUUUUAGAACAUGCUGGUGUCGUCUCUGCCAAGAAAAAACUAGCUUGUCAGCCACAGUAAUCCUACACAGUACAAGCUUUUGCAAUUUGUGUUCACCUGUGGGUGGAACCAUUGACAGUUUCAUUCUUAUUCACUAGAGGGAGGCAGACAUGUCAAGGAGUUUAGUAGUGCUGCUGUGGAUUUUGGAAAACACUGAAAAAGUAGAGUGUGAUAAAAAUAAAAAGAAUUGAAUUCAACAUUAUAACCAUCAUUUUCCAAUUUAUGUAAUAAGAAAUGUUUAAGAAUAAACAAUGGAAAUCUGGCUACACGUAGA